AUGUCUCCAACCGGAGUUGCCUUCCAAACACAAGUCGACACUCUCUUGAAUGAGUUGUCAGACUGUAUUGGAUUUUGCCAUCAGAUCCGAGAAACUCGACGACUAGGUACUAAGCACGAGAAUUUCGACAAGCUUCAAGACACCCUCCUCCACUCACACACCACCCUCUCAGUUCAAUAUGAUACUUUAAAUCGGUGUUUCGGGCACAGGAUGGCUGUCGGCGAUGAAGCAUCCAUUCAACCAAUGAACACAUGUCUCCGGGCAGUAUCAUCUGACAUCAAAAGAAAACUAUACGAGAUCGCCAACAAGACCACACAAACCUCCGGUUCUAGACAACUUCCCGGCUUCGGUACACUUCUUAAACACUGGAAACUCAUUGAAGAAGAUGCUUCCAACAUCAUAAUCAGACUUUCACAACGUCUAAUCAUUACUCCACCUGCUUCAACUCAAAUUCCAACUCCCGCCACAUCACCGAAACAAGAACCAAAAGUCAGAUCAGAUCAACAAAUUGUUUCUAAAAGUGAUUUCAACUUUCUGGUAGAACACAUGCAGAAAUCCUGGACGGAGACAUGGAGCAACGAACGAUUGAUUUAUGUCAACUAUUAUGAUCAGAAAAACAAAGUUUACGAAAAGCCCGAGGGCUUCAUUAAAGCGGUACCCACAUCGUACAGACCUGCGAGGACGGAAACUGUACCGGGCUCAAGAACGAGGAACGAGGACUUGAGUAAAAGAGAAAGAGGAGGUUAUGCAUUUGGGGGGUCGAAUAGGCCUCAAAGGGAAGAGUUUUGGAGACAAUGA